CUACCACUGGCCUGAGUGUCGUCUUCUCUGUUAAUUACCUCCCAUCAAUCAUAUGAGUGAGAGACAAGAAGAUUGAGGGAGGAGAGAGAGAGAGAGAGAGAGAGUUAGAGAGAGAAAGAGAGAGAGAGAGAGAGAGAAUAUGUCUGAUGGGAGUCCAGCUUUUCUGAACGACGAGCUUUCCAAACGGACCUCGAUUUUCGGGCUGCGUUUGUGGGUCAUCGUCGGAAUCUGCGUCGGCGCCGCCAUCGUCAUCCUGCUCUUCCUCAUCUCACUCUGGUUCACCUCCAGACGGAACAAGAAAUCCCCGCCGCCGCCGCCGUCGGCCCGCAAGAACCCCGCCAUCAUCCCGAGCGUGUCCAGGGAAAUCCAGGAAAUCCGGGUCGACCCGAGCCGAAACCCGGAGGCCCACCCGUUUCCGGAGCCCGACCCGAGUGCGGACCGGAACAGGAUCCACAUAGAGAGCGGCAAGGGGAACCGAAUUGCGUACCCGGAGAAGGCAGUCGGCGGGCCUGGUUCCGGGUCGGGCGAGGCCCGGCCCGGGGCAGAGGGGGUAUCCGGGCCGGAGGUGUCGCAUUUGGGGUGGGGCCACUGGUACACGUUAAGAGAACUGGAGGAGUCAACGAAUGGUUUUGCAGAUGAGAAUGUGAUUGGUGAAGGUGGUUAUGGAAUUGUAUACAGAGGUGUAUUGGAUGAUAAUUCUAUUGUUGCUGUCAAAAAUUUACUUAAUAACAGGGGUCAAGCAGAGAGAGAGUUUAAGGUCGAAGUCGAAGCAAUCGGGCGCGUGCGCCAUAAGAAUUUGGUGAGAUUGCUCGGCUAUUGUGCUGAAGGAACUCACAGGAUACUUGUGUACGAGUACGUCAACAAUGGAAAUUUGGAGCAGUGGAUUCAUGGAGAUGUAGGGCCUUACAGCCCUCUUACGUGGGAUAUUCGUAUGAACAUCAUACUAGGAACCGCAAAAGGAUUGACCUAUCUGCACGAGUGCCUCGAGCCAAAAGUCGUGCAUCGUGACAUUAAAUCGAGCAACAUUUUAUUAGACAAACAAUGGAAAGCUAAAGUUUCCGACUUUGGUCUGGCGAAGCUCAUCGGCUCCGAAAAGAGUUACAUCACCACACGAGUUAUGGGCACCUUUGGAUACGUAGCUCCAGAAUACGCGAGUACUGGCAUGUUGAAUGAGAGAAGUGAUGUAUAUAGCUUCGGAAUUCUUAUAAUGGAAAUUCUUACGGGGAGGAAUCCAGUGGAUUAUAGCCGCCCACCGGGGGAGGUAAACCUGGUUGAUUGGCUUAAAGCAAUGGUUUCAAAUCGGAAUUCGGAGGGAGUUUUGGAUCCAAAGAUACCGGAAAAGCCUUCUUCAAGAGCAUUGAAACGAACCCUUUUGGUAGCCUUACGAUGUGUGGACCCCAAUUCUCAGAAGAGGCCAAAGAUGGGGCAUGUAGUGCACAUGCUCGAGGCCGAUGAUUUUCCUUUUCGUGACGAUCGAAGGGGCGGAAGGGAAAACGGAAGAACACACCGCGAUGGAGUGAAGGAAAUGUUUGUAGAGAAGCAGAUAAAUGAAGCAGGUGAUAGUAGUGGAUAUGAAAGCAGUGUCCAAACCGAUAGGUCCUUGUUGAGGAAGCAAGAAACUGAUGACGAGCAGUUGUGAAAAGACACUGCUACCCUCCUCUGUAAAUAUUGUUGUUUUUGUUUUUUUAAUUAUCACAUAUUUAUAUAUUUAUAUCGAGGAAUUAUAAGCUACAAUAUAUACUGGAAAAAAAACGAUUUAUAUGUACCUUUCGAUGAAGCAGAAAUACGUCACGUUAUUAUUUUGGUAAUUAACUCAAUAAGGUCGGGAUUAGUUGAAAAUUUUGGUACUUUUGCGGGAUUUGAUUAUUUGAGUUGAUUCUGUAACAAUGUUCCACAUUUAAAAUGUGCUAUGCGUUUUGUCUCGUUAGACUAUUUGAGUGUACAUUUGAGA